ACGGAGAAGACGAAGACAAAAAAGAAGAAACAAAUAAACUUCAAACUUCAAACAUAGAAACUUGGAUAAAAGUCAUCAAAUCUCUCAAUAUCUUCUCGCUCCUCUCUUUCUUUCUUCCUCGCUCUGCAUUUUCCGCCAUUUUCUCGAGAAAAUCUCCCCAGGUAAACUGACUUCACUCUCCUUCACUCCACCGUCACAACAUUGCGAUUCUCCUUGCUUUUCACUCUCUCUGUGCUCUUUUCCGCCUUUGUUGUUUCUGUUGUCGCUAUUUCUGUCCGAUAUUCCUUGUCGAUUUCCGGUGCCGUUCGAUCUGUGUGAUGCUGUUUUUGCUUGCUUCGCACUCGGAUGCUAUGCUGUAGAAUUCGUUUUGAAAUUACUGUUUUAUUUUUUAUAUUUUGAUUUUAGUGUUAGUUGUUGUUCGUAAUUUUGAUUUUGAAGGUUGUGAUAAUUUUUUUGUUCUUGCAAUUUUGGUUAUGAUGCACGGUUCUUCUUUUGCGGCAUUUGAUUUGGAGAGCUACGACUUGAGAAAGAACUUCAAACCCCAACGCGUUUACGGUCCAGCAUGCUAGCUAAAUCUCAUAUGCUUUCCAAAUAAUUCUUGUGGUGGAUAUCUUGGCAUCAAGAACAUGCUUCCAAGGGCUUAUAGUUGAUACUUAAUAUCUGAUUAUCAGUCACAUAGCCGACUAAAAGAAAGACGUGAAUCUUGCCCUACUAUUCAGUGAAAGUUUCCUAUGGUUGUUUCUUAGAAUCUGAUGAGAAGAACUUAUACUAUCUGCAUUCCUUAUUUGCUUCUGCCUAUUUUCGCUCCAUAAUUAAGCAAGGAGUUAUAUGAAGACACCUAUCAAUUUUGUAGUUGUUUGGCAUCCUUAUGAUCAAGUACUGUGAAGAUUCAGGACUACUGCUUCAUUCAUAGGAUCAUCAAAAUGAAUAAAUUGUAUGGAGGAGUUCUGAUCACUUCACUGUUUAUGUUGUUUAUGCUUAUGAUCCUGCGAUAUGGGGUCAUGAAAAAUCCUAUUAGUGAAGGUUAUUUGACUAUACCUGUCCUCAUUAAUGGUACUAAUCCUCUAGAAUGGAUAAAUCCCGUGGUUCCGCCUGCUAUUCAAAAUCCAGAUGUUCAUUCUCAAGUUAUUUCUUCUGAUAUUCUUGUGUCUAGCCUCUUUGCUGGGAGUAACUUUUCCAAAGAAGAGAUCCAAGCUCUUCAGACAUGGAACCAAUUGAAACACUUAAUAGAUCAUGCUCAGGGUCUACCUAAUGCAGCAGAAGCUAUCAAGGAGGCUGCUGGUGCAUGGAAUAGUCUUAUUUCUUCAAUUGAAGAGCAAAGACAAGGUCAUGCAAAUGAUAGUUCAAGAACUAAAGAGAAGCAGUGUCCCCAUUUUCUUAAUAAAAUGAAUUCCACUGAACUUGGUAAUAGUAGUUACAAACUGCAAGUACCUUGUGGCCUGACACAGGGUUCUUCCAUCACUGUAAUUGGCAUUCCAAAUGGUCUUCUAGGUAAUUUUCGGAUUGACUUGACUGGUGAACCACUUCCUGGGGAGCCCGAUCCUCCAAUUAUUUUACACUAUAAUGUUAGGCUUCAUGGUGAUAAAGUCACUGAAGAUCCAGUAAUUGUCCAAAACACCUGGACUAUAGCUCAUGAUUGGGGUGAAGAGGAACGGUGUCCAUCUCCUAAUUCUGAAAAGGAAAAAGUUGAUGAGUUGGAGCAGUGUAAUAAGAUUGUAGGGAAGAACAGUAGCCAACUUCACACAGCCAGCAUGUAUUCCCACACUUCAAGACGAUCUUCAGCAACAGAUGAACAAUCAAUAAAUAGGAAAUACUUUCCUUUUAAGCAAGGCUACCCAUUUGUUGCAACUCUUAGAGUGGGAACUGAGGGAAUCCAAAUGACAGUUGAUGGAAAGCACAUAACCUCGUUUGCUUUUCGUGAAACCUUGGAGCCAUGGCUUGUCAGUGAAAUAAAAAUAUCUGGGGACCUCAAAUUGAUAUCUAUUCUUGCCAGUGGUCUGCCUACAUCAGAGGAUUCAGAGCAUAUUAUUGAUCUUGAAUCAUUGAAAUCGAGCCCUAUAUCUGCACAGACUCCAUUGGAUCUCUUCAUUGGUGUUUUCUCUACUGCUAACAAUUUCAAGCGCCGGAUGGCUGUUAGAAGAACCUGGAUGCAGUACAAUGCAGUUCGAUCUAAUAUGACAGCUGUGCGCUUCUUUGUUGGUUUGCAUAAAAGCCCAAUAGUUAAUGAAGAGUUGUGGAAAGAAGCACAAACUUAUGGAGACAUACAGCUGAUGCCAUUUGUUGACUACUACAGCCUCAUCACUUGGAAAUCCUUAGCAAUCUGCAUUUUUGGGACACAAGUUGUUUCAGCAAAUUUUGUCAUGAAGACAGAUGAUGAUGCAUUUGUUCGUGUAGAUGAAGUUCUAGGCUCUCUAAAUAGGAUCAACUUGGCUCAUGGGUUACUGUAUGGACUCAUCAAUUCAGAUUCCCGACCUCAUCGAAAUACAGAUAGCAAAUGGUACAUCAGCCCUGAGGAAUGGAGCGAAGGAACUUAUCCUCCUUGGGCACAUGGUCCUGGCUAUGUGGUUUCACGCGAUAUAGCAAGCAUGGUAUACAAGAAAUACAGAGAGAACAAUUUGAAGAUGUUUAAAUUAGAAGACGUUGCAAUGGGAAUCUGGAUCGCCGACAUGAAGAAGCAAGGUCUAGAAGUUCGGUAUGAGAAUGAAGCCAGAGUCUAUAAUGAGGGUUGCAAGGAUGGUUAUGUGGUUGCCCAUUACCAAGGUCCUAGGGAAUUGCUCUGUUUGUGGCAGAAACUUCAAGAAGGAAAAGGUGCCAAAUGCUGUGGUGAUAGGAGAUGAUUACCGACUGACCAGGCUACGGCAUCUGAUAAAAA